AUGAAACGAUCAUGGGAUGAUAUUCUAUUAGAAACUGCCACACUUUCCAAUAACUUUUACGAUUCUCCUCGAGGACCUCAACCCGUUGCCUUGUUAGUUCCAAGUUUCGACACUAACCAAAACGACGAAUUCACAACUUUCACAUUCGAUCAAAUUCAACCCGAAUCAAUUUCCUCUAAAAAUCUUGUAAAUCCAUACUUUUGUGAUAGAUACGAAAAGAGAAGAAAACAACGAGAUAUUUAUUCAUGGUCAGGAAAUCGUCAUGAAAAUUCACUUGUUGAAAAUAAUGGACAAAAUGUUUUGAGAGAAUUUCAAAAUCCGAAUCGAAAUUUAAUCAAAUUACUUCCAUCUGAAAUUCUACUCGAUUUGAUGUUUUAUAUGGACAAGUAUGCAUUGUUUAAUUUCAUUCAGACUUGUCGUGGAGUUUAUGAUUUGUUUGAUCGAGUUUAUGGAGAAAGUAUUGAAAGAUUAAGAAUUGAUAUUCUCAAUAAGAGAAGGGAUAUUAGGAAUGUGAAUCGAUUGGUGGAUUUAUUCUCCAAUACGGUACGAGAACCGUGUUGGAAUGAGAGUUUAGUUUAUCAUCAGGAUUCGAAUGAGAAUGUCAUGAUGACCUAUGAUCAAUAUUUUAGGAUGAAGAGUACUGUCAAGUGGCCAGUGAGGUAUUUUCAUGACCAUUUGAAAUUUAGAACAUUUAAGGUGGGAGAUCCAAUGAUUGAUGCGAUCAAUUCACAGGCCAUUGAGGAGGCGAAAAUUUUUUCGAAUAAGGAAUUUGAAGAGAUUAUUAAAAUACAGGAAGAAGCCAUUCCAGUAUUUCCCUAUGGAAUAUUUACUCAACCAGACACUUAUUAUCUCACUUUCGAUGAAUUGGUCAAGAGAAGAUGCUCAUUUAUGAACUUUGAUAAAAAACCAUGGUAUAAUGUGGUUUCUGGGUUGCCAAAAGUAGAUUGUGUAAUCCUUCCAAAUAUGUUGGAAUAUUCAUACGAAUUUAACAACCGUGCUCGUGAUUAUCAUUAUUAUAUGGAUAAAGAAACAAGUCCAAAUGCCACAAAAUGUGAAAGAAUUGUGAGAUUUUUCAAGAAUCCAUAUGAAAUGACAUUUUCAGAUUUUCAACAUCGAUUCAAGAAUGAAAUUUUGAAAGAUUACGAAUUGGCUAGAAUUUUAUUCUAUGAAUGUGCAUUUGAACAUAACAAAACUACCAAGACAAGAGAACGUUUUGUCAUUUCAGGAGGAUCUCUACUUCACACAUUGACAGGUUGUGGUUUCAGUGAUUUUGAUUUAUUUGUCAUUAAUAAUGGAGAAUCGGCAGAGGUUAUCAGUCAAGCAAUCAAACAAGUUUUAUUGAAAUUGGAAGAGAAAACCUCACAUUUAAAGUACAAUAUGAUGAGCUCCAAAGCUUCUAUUAAUAUUUGCCAAGAAGGAAAUGCAAAUAUUCAAAUAGUAUUACUGAACUAUGAGACCAUUGAGGAGUUACUUUUAUUUUUUGAUUUGGAUUGUUGUAAACUUGUGUAUGAUGGCGAGAGAAUAUUGACAGUUUUGGAAUGUUUGCGAUCUCUCAAGUAUAAGAUUAAUUUCAUCAAUAGAGAAUCAGGAGGAACCAGUGAAGUCCACCACGAAAGAGCUUUGAAAUAUGGAAAAAGAGGUUUCUUAACCAUUGUUGCUGAUUCCUUUCAUCCUCUCUUUCACGCAAUGCAUUGUGAUUUUAUUGUGGAAAGAAUUCGAAAGUCACUCAUUGAUAAAUAUGCAAACCGAAUUCAAACUGAAGGUAUCAUAAUGGGAAAUAAUCCAUUGGUUGAAUUAUUUGUGAAGGGUAAUGAAGGAUAUAUUCCAGACGCCUACAAUUCGAAAGAUAUAGAUGAAUCCAAUUUGCUUUAUCCUGUCGUAUUGAAGAGUGUUUCCUUUCAAUUUGUGGAAAAAUGUUUGACAAAUGGCAUUCUAUUUACUGUCAAGGAACAAUCACGCAGAAAAUGUAACCAAUCUCUUAACUUUGAACCAGAACAAGAAGCAGAAGCAGAAGCAGAUAUUCUCAAACGAUUGAAACUUGACGAAUAUGAAUUUAUGAAAAGACCUUCAGAUUUAUUUCAAAUUCUACCAGAAAAUCAAAAUCUUGUGAAAUCUAAAUAUUCAUAUGGACAUUUAGUUUGCAAAUUUAGCAUUGUACGCUGCCAAUACUGUUCUACUUACUUUUAUUCUCCAUUCAAUUCUUUACUAUUAAGGAAACAAAGAAUAAUUAAUGAUUGUAAUGGACAUUUUAUUAUUCAAUAUUUGGAAAAUAAGGAAAUUACAAAAGAUAAUUUUAAUCCAAGUACUAAUACGCUCUGUCUAUCAUGUUUGAAACGAUUGAAUUGUUAUGAAAAGUAUCAAGAUGCCUAUCUGGAUUACGAAUAUAGGAAUUCGAAUUUUGUGGAAAAUUUAAUCGAAACUAGAAUAAUUCAAACUAUUUACAAAAUUAAGAAGAAGGAAACAACUCAAAAAGGAAUAUCCAAGGAGAGACUAUUUGAUCUAUUAUCAGACGAAUUUCCACUUUCGGAUUUGGAAACUAAUUUGAAAAUUUUAAAAGUUAAACGACUUGUCAUUGAACAAGAAGGAGAUUCAACAACAGAUUUAACACUUUAUCCUCAAUUACCUAUCAAGACUUAUAGUAACAAAACUGUUGUUCCAUUCAAAUUCUAAUUAAUAAUUGAAUAAAACUGAGAGAAACUAUUCCUUUCGAAUAGGAACUUAAUU